AUGGCUUUAAAAAAAGCAGGUGUUUUAGGAGCUACUGGUUCAGUAGGUCAAAGAUUUAUCUUAUUGUUAGCUGAUCAUCCAGAUUUUGAAUUAUAUGCUUUAGGAGCUUCUCCAAGAUCUGCUGGAAAGAAAUACGUAGAUGCAGUUAAAUGGAAACAAACUUCUUUAUUACCUGAACUGGCUAAAGAUUUAGUUGUUGAAGAAUGUAAAUUUCAAGGUAAAUUAGCUGAAUGUGAUGUUAUAUUUUCAGGUUUAGAUUCUGAUGUUGCAGGAGAAGUUGAAAAAGAGUUUUGUGAUAAUGGUUUAGCAGUUGUUUCAAAUGCUAAGAAUUAUAGAAGAUCUCCUGAUGUUCCAUUAAUUGUUCCAAUUGUUAAUACUGACCAUUUAUCAAUUGUUGAAAAGAAAGUAGCUGAUGCUAAAAAGAAUGGUGAAAAGAAAGGUUUUAUUGUUUGUAUUUCAAAUUGUUCAACUGCUGGUUUAGUAGCACCAUUAAAACCUUUAGUCGAUGCUUUUGGUCCUAUUGAUUUAUUAACUGCUACCACUUUACAAGCUAUAUCUGGUGCUGGAUUUUCUCCUGGUGUAAGUGGAAUUGACGUCUUGGAUAAUAUUGUUCCAUUUAUUAGUGGAGAAGAAGAAAAGAUUGAGUGGGAAACCAAGAAAAUCUUAGGUCAAGUUAAUGACGAUAAUACUGGAUUCAAACUCUUGAGUGACGAUGAAAUUAGAGUUAGUGCUCAAUGUAAUAGAAUUGCUGUUAGUGAUGGUCACACUGAAUGUAUCUCAUUAAAAUUCAAAAACGAAAAGAAACCAUCAGUUGAAGAAGUUAAACAAGUAUUAAGAGAUUAUCAAUGUGAAGCUUUCAAGUUAGGUUGUCAUUCUGCUCCUAAAAACACUAUUCAUGUAUUAGAAGAAGAAGAUAGACCUCAACCAAGAUUAGACAGAGAUAGAGAUAAUGGAUAUGGUGUUUCAGUCGGUAGAAUUAGAGAAGAUCCUGUUUUGGAUUUCAAAAUGGUUGUUUUAUCUCAUAACACUGUCAUUGGUGCUGCUGGAGCCGGUAUUUUGAUUGCCGAAAUCUUAAAAGCUAAGAACGUUAUUUAG